AGAUUUCUCAGCUAUCGGGGGCUAGAGAGCCGAACCCAGAAGCCCGACGGAAUGGGAGACAAAGGCGCUGCUGUCGCCGUUGCAAUUCCACCGCCAACCUCCACCGCUGCCGAUGAAGAUGCGCUUCUCAAGCAAUUCUUUGCCGAAGUCAGCGAGGUUGAGCGCGAAAACGAAGUCCACAGGAUACUUUCAUGCUUUAAAUUGAAUCCAUUUGAGUAUCUUAAUCUAUCAUUUGAUUCAUCCCUAGAUGAUAUAAAACGACAAUAUCGCAAGUUAUCAUUGCUUGUUCACCCAGAUAAGUGCAAGCAUCCACAAGCAAAGGAAGCUUUUGGUGCUUUAGCAAAAGCCCAACAAUUACUACUUGAUCCACCAGAGAGGGAUUAUAUUCUUAACCAAGUUCAUGCUGCAAAAGAGGAACUAAAGUUAAAGUGGAAGAAGCAGGUUAAAAAAGACAAUGCUGCUAAGUUAAAAUCAUUGGUUUCUGAGGGAAACUCCGAACAAGAAUAUGAACGAUCAGAAGCAUUUCAGCAACAGCUAAAACUAAAGGUUCGAGAAAUAUUAACUGAUCAAGAAUGGCGGAGAAGGAAAAUGCAGAUGAGAAUUUCUGAAGAGGAAGGUCGUUUAAAGAAGGACGAGGAAGAACAAAAAGAGAUGUGGAAAAGGAAGCGUGAGCACGAGGAGCAAUGGGAAGGGACAAGGGAAAAUAGGGUAUCAAGUUGGAGGGAUUUUAUGAAAGGCGGGAAGAAGGUGAAGAAAGGGGAGAUUCGGCCUCCAAAGCUCAAAACCGAAGAUCCAAACAAGUCUUAUGUUCAGCGACCAGUGAAGAGAGGUUGAAGGCCGCUUGUGCCAAAUUAAAAUUAGUUGUUUAGUCCCAUGUAUCUUCGCCAUCGAAAAUCUUUAUUGUAACAUAGAUACUGCACACAAGAUUGAGAUAUUGUUGUCAACGAGUUACACAUCUAAGAAAUCCCCUUUUAUUGCUAUGUUACAACAUCUCAUAAGCCGUCUGAGUUUUCUCAUGAAAAUUUGAAAUACUAUCUUUAUCAUAUGUGGACGGGUAAUAUUAGGGUGGACAUUUUUGUUGG